CCAUGCAAACCAUCGUCUCAAAAUUAACAAGCAUAUCUCUCCUCUCUUAUACUUCUAAUCUGAUGACAAAACUUAUUGGUUUUACGUCAAUGCUUCUCCCACUCAUGUCGUUUAUGAUUAUUGUGUUGUUAUUCACUGUUGUGAACGGUCAAGGCACCCGCAUUGGUUUCUACUCCAGCUCUUGCCCUCAAGCUGAGUCCAUUGUUGCAUCUACUGUACGAUCUCAUUUUCAAUCUGAUCCUAAGAUUGCUCCAGGUUUAUUGAGAAUGCACUUCCACGAUUGCUUCGUUCGGGGUUGUGAUGCCUCUGUGCUCCUUGCUGGCUCUAACAGUGAGAGGACUGCACUACCAAACCUUUCGUUAAAUGGGUUCGAAGUGAUUGACGAUGCUAAAUCUCAACUUGAAGCUGCUUGUCCUGGUGUUGUAUCUUGCGCUGACAUUCUUGCUCUAGCUGCUCGUGACUCAGUAGUUUUGACAAGUGGAAUACGUUGGGGAGUGCCCACAGGACGAAGAGAUGGGACAAUUUCGGUGGCUUCAGAAGCUAACAACUUGCCUGGAUUUACAGAUUCUAUCGAGGCUCAAAAGAAACAAUUUACUGAUAAAGGUCUCAACACUCAAGACCUUGUCACUCUCGUGGGUGGACACACAAUAGGCACAACACAAUGCCAAUUUUUCAGAUACAGACUCUUCAACUUCACAGCAGCAGGCGGUCCAGAUCCAACGAUGGACCCAGCCUUCGUGACUCAAAUGCAGGCAUUGUGUCCUCAAAACGGAGACGGAACCCGUAGGGUCGCGCUGGACACGGGCAGCGUCGGUCGGUUUGACACAACCUUCUUCUCAAACUUAAGGAACGGACGUGGGGUUUUGGAGUCGGAUCAGAAGCUAUGGACUGACGCUUCCACUCGUACUUUUGUACAACGGUAUUUGGGUUUGAGAGGCGUUUUGGGUUUGACCUUCAAUCUUGAGUUUGGGAAAUCUAUGGUGAAGAUGAGUAACAUUGAAGUUAAAACUGGAAAUCAAGGAGAAAUUCGUAAAGUUUGUUCUGCAGUUAAUUAAUUAAACUAACAGUUACACAUGAAAUCUUUGUAGUUUCCUUUUACAUUAUUGCAAUGCUUGAAAGUAAAAAAAGAGAUUGCAAUGAAUGGAACAUAUAAUGUAUACACUUUUACAUUUAUAUGAAGAGUGAACCUGCCAUCAUCCUCUUUAUUUAA